UUUGGGUUAAACAUUUGACAUAAUGGCGUCUAGCAAGAGGAAGUAAGCGAAUUCUCAUGUAAUUAAGUUUUUCAACGUUAUUUAAAAUGUUCGGUAGAAAGAAGAAUGAAGCACCUGCACCACCGCAGAGAAAAGGAGCAGCCCUUAUGUCACAGAUGGGUAUUGGGGAUAUAGAGGCAGAGUUGUAUGGAGACCUUGAAAAUGAUGACGAUUUGGAGGCAGAACUAAUGGAGCUUCAGGGCAAGCCAAAACCAGUUAAAAAGAAAGGCAGAGGUAACGUAAGUGCAUCAGAGUUUGAUCACAUGAUAGCAGAGAGCAUGAAGGAAUUGGAAGAUGAAGAUGUCUCUGACACAGAAGAUCCAGACCUUCUGGAUGAGCUGCAGGGACUUGAGGAAGACGACUCUGAUGCUGAGGAGACUCCAACCCCUGUGGUCAGCACAGCUGGUGGUAUGGUAGCCCUCCUGCAUGACAGACUGACCAACUACAACACAGCAAUGACCAGCGCACUGGCAGCCAACGACUCUUCUAAGGCGAAAAGAGCUGAGAGAGGCAUCAAGACGAUACAGGACCUGUUGAAGAAAGCCCAAGCAGGGAAGACUGUGGAUGAAGACGACAUACCCCCAAUGAUUGCUGUAACAGCCCCUAAGAAGCCUGAACCAGCCCCCGUUGCUCAGCCCCGCCCUCCCCCAGUUAUUAAGCCCCAUUCUGACCCUGUACCUGUGUUUGAGCCCACAAUCUCAGAGCCUGAGCCCAAACCAAUGCCUGCUCCGAGAAAGCCUGCACCCGCAGCACCGGCAGUGUCCAUGCCACAACAGCCCAGUGGAAGUAGUACUGACACAGAGUCACCUGAUAUGCGUAUGUGUAAGGGAAGACAAUUAGAAUACAAGAAGGCAGCAUUAGAAGCCAAACACAGAGGUGACGUGGUCACUGCUACAAGGUUCAUGAAGGUCUCCAAGCAAUUUGAUGCUGUGAUAGCUGCUCUUGAGUCAGGUCAACCAGUGGACCUGUCACAAAUGCCCCCGCCCCCUUCACAGAAAGCCCCAGCAUUUGAAGAUGCAGUGAAAAGGUCGGAUAUACUUACAAACCCUGGAAAAACUGCUGAGUCAUUACAGAGAGGCACUGAAGAGGAAGUCCAUGCCCCACCUGCUCCUUCAGAGGAAGAGGAGCGUCAGAUAUUUGAUGCCCCGGAGCCGCCUAAGAAUGCCAUGGAGGCUCUGAACCAGCGACUGAUCAAGUACAGGAACGCAGAGCAGCAGGCCAAGGAUGAGAACAACAGCAGCAAGGCACGACGCAUGGGACGCAUUGUCAAGCAAUACGAGGAGGCUAUUCGAGACUUCAAAGCGGGCAAAGCAGUGGAUUUUGAAGAGUUGCCAACACCACCAGGAUUUGCCCCCAUUCCUACUGGUCCCCAGACACAGCCCCCAGCUCCUGCUGCCUCCAGCUCUUCAGAUUCCUCCCUCAGUGCCCCAAAACAACCGGCUCAGAGGUCACCUCAGCCCCAGAGGUCAGCGGGGGCAGUAGCAGGAUCUGGGGCAGCAGGGGCAGCUGCAGGUCAACAACAGAGGUCACCAAAUGUAGGUCAACCACAACCAUCACCGGCUAAACGACCUUUGCCGGCUCCAGAUACGGGUCAGAAAGUUUUGAAGCGUGGUGGUUCAGUCCGUGCAGACCAACAGACACAGUUUCUACGGGAACGCAUGCAGGAGUACAAGAAUGCGGCCAUUGCUGCCAAAAAGAACAACGAUAUUGCUCUGGCCAAGCAGUAUCUUCGCAUGGCUAAGGGAUUUGAGCCCAUGAUAGAGGCGUCUGAAUCCGGGCUGCCUGUGGACUUGACCCAGGUUCCACCGCCCCUGGACACAGAGGAUGACAACCCCAGUUUUGUGAUGGUUUCCCGGGAGGACUGCGAGCUGACAGGGGACAGACAGGAAGUGUUACAGAAACUGCAGCAGGACCUCAUUGCUCAGAUACGGACCUGCACAGCUAACAGUUCACAUUUCUCCAAACUGGGGGACAUUGUUAGUGCUAACAAAUUUCAGAAGAUGGAGUCAGGUCUACAGAAAGACCUAGAGGCACUGAAGAACGCUCUUGCUCACAAUGACCCUGUGCCCAAGUUCCACUAUGAGAACAGGACCUUCUCCAUGGUGCAAUGUAACACAGACCUAGGUGACAAUGACCUGGAGAUGACUAUGGUCCGAGGUGUGCAAUACAACCCACCCAGUGGGUUCACAGAGAAGGACCUUGACACAUAUAUCAAAUAUGAAUUCCCAUUCCCUACAGAGGAGGUACAGACGGGGCAGUCUGAGACGGUCAAGGGAUCUCUCAACCCAGAAUACCAGGAAUCAGUGAAAUUUACCAUGAACCGAAAAUCUCGAGCACUGGCCAGAGUUAUAGAAAGAAAAACUAUAAAAUUAGAAAUAUUUUAUAAAAGGGGCUUUUUAAAGAGCGACAAAUUGUUAGGAACAGUGAAUGUCAAGCUGGUGCCAUUAGAUACACAAUGUACAGUACAUGAUAGCUAUGAUCUGACUGAUGGCCGGAAGACAGUUGGAGGUAAACUGGAGGUGAAGAUCCGUAUCCGUGACCCGUUCAAGAACAAACAGGUGGAGGAAGUCAAGGAGAAGUGGCUCGUCAUAGACCAGUUCAUCAAAACACUUGACAAACCAAGCAAGGGCAAAGCGCCUCAAUCUCAGGCCUCAAGUUCUAAAAAGGGCGGCAAGUCCAAAGUGUGCACACUGAUGUGACUGACGGUCCCUACACAGACACAGCGUCAUGGCAACCAGGCCCCGCCCCCCCCCUCACAAUGUGGUUGUGAGCUUCAUGACAGAACACCUUGUGCCACAGAGACAAUCUUUGCCCCUCAGUAUUUGUUAAACAGCCAUUAAAAGAACUACAGUCUGAUAACUUUCUAUCUAAGAAUACUGACUUUUUAAAAGUAAUUUAUUGAAUGUGUGUUUGUUUGUUAAUUUAUUCAAAAUGUGACUUCUGGCUUAUUUCUAUUGAUAUCAUUUCAAGCAAAUGUUUUGAAAAGUGUUUGCAAGUUAAUUUCAAAAAAAUUGAAUGAUGCGUCUUACAGUUAAAAUGUGAUGAUUUGUCUCAAACUGUGAUGAUUUGUUUCAAAAUGCGAUAAUGUGUCUCAAAAUAGUCUAGUAAUCUAAUUAUGUGUCGCAAUAUAAUGAUUUGUCUCAGAAUGUGAUGAUGUGUCCUUUUACUGUUAGGAUGUUUCUCACAAUGUGAUGAUUUGACUAAAAAUUUGUAGGUAUGGUGUUUGCGGUUCAUGUUGGUGGAUUGAAUUUAGUUAUCAUAUCACUGCAAGCUGUUUUUAUUUAGUUUCAUUUAAAGCCACAUAAAUACUCAAAAUCAACAAAUAUUUUGUAAAAUAUUUCAUAAAAUAAAGUAAACCAAUAAAAAAAUCAAUGUUCCUUAUAGCAAUAGCCAAAAUAAUGCUAGAUGUGGUAUGGUAGCAUAUAUUUAAUGAGAUACAAAAUGCUUGUUUUUUUUUGUGUGUGACAAUAUAUUACAUGUGAAUUUCUUGUGACGAUAUUCAAACAUUUAUGAUCAAACACUAGAUUGGCUUCAGGCAGUGUCAGAAGCAUGGCAUAGUUCUCAUGAGCUGCCAGAAGCCGAUCUCGAGUUUGCUUGUAAAUAUUUGAAUAUCGUCGCGGGAAAUUCACACUGAUUUGUGUUAACUUUAUUUUUUCAAAUAUUUUACUAAAUAUUCGUUGAUUUUGAGUGUGCUUUUAAAUUAAAUAAAAGAUAACUAAUUGUUUGGUUUUUUAUAGAAUUAUGCAAAGUUUUGCACAUUAAAUGUUUUUCAUUUACAUAAAAUGUGUCAUACUUAGAUUUUAGAAUAGUAUUUGUGCUAAGAUCAGUAUGCACUAAACAAAAAUGUAAUUAAAUUAAAUGGACUGUAAAAAUCAUUCCUUUCAUUAAAUAGAUUUAAACAGUAAGUUUGUUUAUCUCUGAAAUUUUAAAACUUUGCUUAAGAAAAUGUGAUAUUUGUAGUCGCCUGUGCCUUUAUCAAAUAUUAUUAAGUCAGCUUUUAAAAUUAAAACUGAUUAUUAGUGAUGCUGAACAAUUUAUUUCAUAUGUAUGAAAUGUAUACUAUUAUUUAUACGUUGAUGUUUAUGAAAAAUAUACAUUUGAUAAAUGAGAUUUUUACAUUGUAUGGAUGAAAAAGCAUUAAUGUGUGACUUAGCUGUUGAUAAUUUACAUUGAAAUUAUUUAAUCUCAUAAACCUCGCCUGUGAUAUUGUUUUCCUUGAUGUUUACCUUCAAGACAUAUUUAUUCAAUCUGAUUUAGUAUACCUUUUUACCUCAACAAAGCACAACAUGCUCAUUGUGAGCUUUUGUGAUUGCCUUUGUCCGUCAUUUGUUGUGAGUCCCGCAUGCAGCAUGAACAUUUGACUUGUGAACACUAGAUGCUGCAAUAAUUGCCCAACCUUAUUUAAGCUUAAUUAGAACAUUUUACCCAAUGAUCUGGCAGUGUUCAAAACUGGGUCAAAUCGGGUGAAAAAACAAGGGUCACUUGGUGAAAUUAAAGGAAAAGCUUGUUAAUACUCGGGAGGCCACAUUUAAUGCCCAUACUUCAGGAACUUGGUAAGAAAAUUAGAUCUAUAUGAUAUCUCAGCGGAGUACGAAACUGAGUCACAUGGAGUCGAAAAUAAGGCAACUAGGUUAGAUUAAAGAAACUAUUUCUUAUCACUCAACAAGCCUCAUGUUUUACCCAAUCUACAUGAAAGGUGGUGAUAAUAUUUGUCCCAAUUAUAUCUUGAGUUCUAAACUGGGUCAGGUGGGAUAACAAUCUAGGUCUGAAGGUAAAAUUAAAGGGAAAAAACUUGUGGACACUCUAGAGGCCACAUUAAUUGUCAAAUCUAAAUGAAAUAGGAUAGAAUAUUUGUCAAAACAGUCAAAAAGUAGGUCACUAGGUCAAAGUACAGAGAAAGCAUGUGAACACUCUAGGGGCCACACUAUUCCCAAUUGUCAUAAAACUGAGUAAAAACAUUUGUCCCAUUUAUAUCUUGGAUUAAUUCAAAUCUGGAUUUCCAUGGGGUCUAAAACUAGAUCGCUCGGUCAAAUUAAAAAAAAAUUAUUGUGGUCUCAGGUGAGAGCCUUAAGGUCUUUUGUCCCCUUGUCUGUUGUUUUUUAUUAUAAUUACUCCGUCCAAUUGUUAGAGUAAUAAUUUAUAUAUAUUGAUAUAUAUAUCUUGUAUUAUAACUUGCCUAGUGUCUGUUUUUGCACUUUGUAAUAAACCUAGUCAUUUGGUGAAUAUUUGUUCAUGUUUCCUUAUUUUAGCCUUCAUAAUUCCUAGAUUGUAAUAUAAUUAUCUGUCUAUUUUAUAUAUUUUACCAAUAAAACAUGUUUGUAUUAUAAGGAAAAAGAGUGAUAAAUCUUUGGUAAUAUUGAAAUAACCAGUCUGUGUUAAUGGUGAGCCAUUCACGUUGUGGUUAUGAUAAAAUACCAGUCUGUGUUAAUGGUGAGCCAUUCACGUUGUGGUUAUGAUAAAAUACCAGUCUGUUAAUGGUGAGCCACCAGUCUGUAGUAAUGUUCAAAUAUCAUUCUGUUUUGAGUCAUCAGAGUCUGGGGGGAGUUAUGAAAUAACCAGUCUGUGUUAAUGGUGAGCCAUUCACGUUGUGGUUAGGAUAAAAUACCAGUCUGUGUAAAUGGUGAGCCAUUCACGUUGUGGUUAUGAUAAAAUACCAGUCUGUUAAUGGUGAGCCACCAGUCUGUAGUAAUGUUCAAAUAUCAUUCUGUUUUGUGUCAUCAGAGUCUGGGGGGAGUUAUGAAAUAACCAGUUUGUGUUAAUAUUGAGUCAAUCACUUUGUGGUUAUGAUGAAAUACCAGUCUGUGUUAAUGGUGAGCCAUCAGUCUGUGGUAAUUUCAAAUACAUGUACCAGUAUGUGGUAAUGGUAAGCCAACAGUCUUUUGUAAUGAUGAAAUAUUAGUGUGUGGUAAUGAUGAAAUAACCAGUCUGUGUUAACAUUGAGCCAAUAAAUUUGUUGUAAUGAUGGAA